UGUCCCCUGUGUAAAAUCUGCACAAGAUUCACUUGUCACCGACGACGACGGUGCUAAGCUUACGUGGAAACUGUACACAUGUAGUAGUAGUUUGUACCGACGACAACGAUCCCAUUUGUCAACGUGCAUUGCCAAUCCUCUAUCAUCAUCAUCAGCAUCAUGCCCACAAGUCCUUGGUUCCGUCGGGAGUUUGAUUCGCUCGCGGUCAUCUCGCACCUCACGCUAGAGCUCGGCAACGUGUCGGUCUUUGCCGCUACCCAGCACAGCCCCAUCAACACGACGUCGGUGGUGCUGCAGAGUGCCUCGUCCGGCGCCGCCGAAGCGUUUCGUGUGCACGAAGAAGGCCAUACCCUUGUGCUCACGUGGGCGGACGGGUACGCCGUGGACCACGACUUCACUGUUGAAAUCCACAUGCCCCGCGAGUCACUGGACGUCGUGCUCUACUCGGGACCAGAUACGGUGGCCAUUCACCCCCACACGUUUCGCCGUUCGGUGGACGCCAACUUGACCAUUGCGACGACGGGACCAGGGUCGCUGCUCGUCGACGACACGGACCUCCGCGCGGGCAGUUUGCACUUGCGCCAAGGUGGCGCGGGGCUGCUCCAGCUGUCGUGCCACGACAUUGUGGUCGCGUACGACGUGGAUGUGCAGACCAUCGCGUCGGGUUCGACAGUGGUCGCGGCGUCGUCCAGUGUAUCUGCUAGCCAUGUGACCGUCGCGGGCGCGGCCGGCCACACGACGGUGGAUGUGCAAGGGCCAGUCAAGGUCACGGAUUUUAUCGAUCUCCACGGCACGAAAAGUGGCCACGUGGACGUCCGUGCCCAUGCGAUGACGUCACAUCACGUUGCGUUGACGACCUCGGGGUACGGGAGUGUGGCAGUGGACGCUACCGCGCAGCUGGACGCUGGCUCCGUCGUCGUGCAAGUGCAAGGACAUGGCAGCGUGCGUUGUACUGGCGCAGAGGGCACGUGCAACGCUCUGGACAUCAACGUGGGCAGCACUGGAAGUGCACGCAUCAACGUGGCCGCGAUCACGUGCAGCGUCGCCAUGGAUGGCAAGGGCAGCGUGUACUUGCGACACGGUCAGGCCGUGCAAGACGAGAAAAUCGCUGGCGGAGGCGAGCUCAAGACGUUCGACGAAAGUGCCGAGGAUGCGCCGCCUCGUCAUGCCAUCGUGAAGCUGGUGCCGUUGUCCCGCCCAACCCCGCAACCGGAGGAUUGAGUACAGGACCACGACACCUAAUCUGAAAUCACGUAAGUAUAUAAUGUAUAUAGCUUACAGAAUCAAGCGGCACGGUUUAAAAGCAAACCUCACAGCUCCUUCCUGUACAAUACCACAGUACAGUGUAGCUGGUGUGCACUUGAUCAGCCCUUGUGUAAAACAACUAACGUUACAUAUAUGAUGGUGUGGCUCACCCACAAUAUCCUAUUCA